UCAAAAUAUAAUGGCAAUCUAAAAUCAAAUUUAUUCGCUAGCACGCAUUAAUUAACUGUCAACGUUCUAGUUUCUUGUGGCCCUACUUCAAGUAAACAUAAUUUUUCAUCGUAUAUAACAAAAGAACAUUAUCGCUGGUAGUUCAAUAAAUACCACAUCCGAUACAUCGCGAUGCAGUUCGAGAUGUUUUUGCAGCUCUAGUGUGGAACUUGGAUACACAUACAAAAAGCAAACAUUUCGGAUCAUUAAUUCAAUAAAAUUAGGUUUUAUUUCGGUUUUGCAUGAGAGUUGUAAUUAUUUACGGUCUCAUGUUUUUCUAAAAUUUGAUGAUUGUAGACCGAAUCAUCAUAUAAAUAAACAGAAAUGGAUGCAUUUGAUGUGGAAGAUAGGAACAGCUGGUAUUUUGGUCCAAUGUCCCGUCAGGACGCCACUGAAGCGUUAAUGAACGAGCGUGAACGUGGGGUCUUUUUAGUACGUGACAGUAAUUCUAUAGCGGGCGAUUAUGUACUCUGUGUAAGAGAAGAUACAAAAGUUAGCAAUUAUAUCAUUAACAAAGUUCAACAACAGGACCAUUAUGUUUAUCGUAUUGGAGAUCAGUCGUUUGAUGACUUACCAAAACUAUUGACUUUUUAUACCCUACAUUACUUGGACACUACGCCACUGAGGCGGCCGGCCUUUAAAAGAGUCGAAAAAGUACUGGGGAAAUUCGAUUUUGUCGGCAGCGACCAAGACGAUCUGCCCUUUCACCGAGGUGAAGUUUUAACCAUAAUUCGUAAGGACGAAGAACAAUGGUGGACGGCGAGAAAUUCAUCUGGUCAAAUUGGUCAAAUACCCGUUCCCUAUAUAGAUCGGUAUGACGAAAGCAUGGAUGAGAAUGCAACGACAGCUGCUCAUCUUCCAGUAACUGGAAAUUCGCUUGGGGGUAGUACCCUAAAAAGGACGGACCUAAAUCGCAAACUACCAGCGUAUGCCCGUGUUAAACAGUCGAGGGUGCCAAAUGCUUACGACAAGACUGCGUUGAAAUUGGAAAUAGGCGAUAUUAUUAAAGUCACAAAAACAAACAUAAAUGGCCAAUGGGAAGGGGAACUAAAUGGCCGGAAUGGUCACUUUCCAUUUACGCACGUUGAAUUCGUCGACGACUGUGAUUUAGCAGAGUUACGUUCAAAUGGCACCAGUAAAAGCGAAUGGGAACAAUAAGGAAUUUUGUGUAUCUUAUUCUUAUUUAAAGUUAAAUGUAUUUAAAACUAAAUUGUUAAUAUAUGUAUGUAACCAAGAAUAUGAAAUACCAACCUAUUAUAAGUAUAAAGUAAUUAUAAAAGGCAUGGAUAAAGCCCAACAAAAUUUAACAUGUU